AGAGGGGACAUUGUUCCAUUCAGCAAAAGGAAGAAAGGUGGUCGUUGUGCAUACCAUGAAAGAAGCCCUGCAACUCUUUGAAAUGUUUCAUGACAGUGCAGUGGGUGGACAUCUUGGAAUAGUCAAAACGAGGAACGUGCUGACAUCAAAACACUAUUGGCCAGGGAUGACAAAAGACAUUACCAAUUGGGUUGCACAAUGCCUGACUUGCCAGAAACAGGGAAAGCAAUCAAAUCUGGAUACCACCUUGAAAAGCAUAAAGGUCACACGGAACUGGGAACUGUUGGGAAUGGAUUUAAUAGGACCAUUACCAACAACAAAGGAUGGAUACCAGUAUAUACUGACAGUCAUAGAUUAUCUGUCAAGAUGGGUGGAAGGCUUUCCACUUAGAAGUAAGUCAGCAUUCGAGGUGACUACGAACAUACACAAAUUGAUUCUUCGACGUGGAUGCCCAUAUCGGAUACUGACAGAUCUUGGUUCAGAAUUCAAUAAUAAGUUUAACUUGUUUUUUUGUGAAAAAUUGGGAAUAGAACGUAGCUUCACCAGUCCGUACCACCCACAGACCAAUGGCUUGGCUGAGAACGCUAAUAGAUCCAUAAAAAGAGCACUGCGGAAGAUGGUUGAUGACAGUGGGACUAACUGGGAUCAAUUUCUUGAUUCCGUUUUGUUUUCUUUGCGAACAAAAGCACACGCAACAACAAAAAUUUCACCUUUUCGUCUAAUGUUUACUGAAGAACCAGUGUUUCCAACAGACGUCCCAGAGAAUUACCCGAUCCCAGAUAUUAAUACAUUCGUGGAAGAGUUCUGCAAAGAGUACAGCAUAGAUAUGACGUCAAGACAUGAUGCUGACAUUGCACUGCCCCUAGGUAACAUUGCCAAAGCACAGGAGAAACAACAAAGACUUUAUGCUAAAAGAAAGAAAUCUAAAUACGGGGAAAUAGCAUUUCAUGUCGGGGACUCUGUUCUAUUACUGAACGCUAGAAAGAGAACCAGAAAAGGUGGAGUACUGGAGUCUAACUAUCGGGGACCUUACAAAAUUAUGAGAAUUGAAGGUAAGAGAGUGAAAUUACAAACCCUCUCAGGGAAACAGUUACAAAGCAUGUACAGUAUUGCACACUUAAAACCAUUAAAAGAGCCACCAACAGUAGCUGCUGAAAGCAAAUUAGAGGGAAAAAUUGGAACUGAACCUGCAGUUGGUGAGACUGAACCAGAAACACCCACGGAAGGGAUUAGAAAAGUGGAUGGCACUGGAUCUCCCGACAGCACAGUGGAAAACACAGAGGUGACAGCAAUGGAAGAAGAGGAGUCUAGAGGGCAAAAUGUUUCAUACAAUGAUACAAGUGAUGCUGAUGACAGUUUUGAUGACAUGUUUACGGAGGAUUUGGAAGACAGCCAAUGGCUUCAGAAAGUCAAAUUGGUAAUGACCAGCAAACACACAGCGAGACUGGAGGCCAAAGUGAGAAACAUUAAAUUAUAUGGCUCCUCCUUUCAUUGCCUGAAACCUAGAAGCUGGAUAAGUGAUGAGGUUAUUGAUGCAUAUUUGAGCUGUGUAGUUGAGAAAGCAGAUGGAAAGGUAGAAGCCAUCUCAGCAGUAGUUUCCACUGUCAUUCUCUCAGGAAGAGCUACUCAAAUGAAAGUGAAGAGUGAAUUACUUCAAAAUGAUAUAUUAUUGCUUCCUUACCACACACCAGGUCAUUGGGUUAUUGCGAUAGCCUUGAUGGAAAAAAAGGAAUUGUUAAUAAUUGACCCCUUGUGUGAUGAGAUCAGAUAUGAAAGGACAUGCCUGAGGAAUUGGAGAAACUUCAUAAAACGAUUAACUAGUAAAUCCUCAUCUGAUUGGAACAGUAAAAUUGUUCCGCAUCCAAGACAAAGUGAUGGCCACAACUGCGGACCACUCAUCUUAAAGUUUGCAGAAACGUAUUUGCAGCACAAAGACUUCAGUGCGGUAGAAACAACACAAGAGGCUACUACUGCAUUUAGAAGACAUAUAGCAAUUCUUCUAAUGAAGGAGUCAGAAAGCGUGGAGGACUACUGCAUAUACUGCAACUGUAUCAACUGUGAAAAAGAAAAUGAGGAUUGCAUGAUGGUCCAGUGUGAUUCUUGCAAGAGGUGGGCGCACAUACCCUGCAUUGCAGAAGGAACCAAUCAAGAAAACCUGAAAGAUGAGAAGAAAGAGUACAACUGCAAGAAAUGUGCAUAGUUCACUUCAUUACCCCCCAAAAAACCCCAAUAGAAAUACCCCUAGUUUAAAUGCCUCCUGUUCAAAACAUAAAACUAUAUUUCGUUG